AUGAGUACUCAACUUUAUAUUUUAUUAUUAUUUUUAUUUCUACUAUUUGUGGCAGCCUUUUCUUUGAUAUGUCUUGCCCUUCUAACUCCAUGGACUAAACGUGUAAAGUCUUAUUUUUACACAAAACGUUAUCCAUUUACAUUAUUUGGAAUUUCAAAAACUCCUUUUGUUGACGUUGCCCUCAAUUAUUCGAAACAACAAAAUCAAAAUAAUCCAAUUUAUGUCCUCAAACUUGUCAAAAAUAUCGGAAAAGGAGGUUCAGUUCGUGCAGGUGUUUUGUGUGCUAGGGGACGUUUUAUAUUAUUUUCUGAUGCGGAUGGAGCUACAAAAUUUUCUGAUUUUUCAAAAUUGGAAAAAGAAAUGUUUUCUCUUUGUAAUGGAGAAAAUGAAGAAGAAAAAUUUAAUGGAGAAUCUUCAAUUGAUUGGACACAUCCAGCUUUGGUUGUUGGUUCUAGAGCACAUUUGGCAGAUGAGGCGAUAGCUAAACGUUCACUUUUGAGAACUGUUUUAAUGUUGGGAUUUCAUGCUAUGGUUUGGGUAUUUACAGUUCGGACAGUCCGCGAUACACAAUGUGGCUUUAAAUUAUUCAGUCGUGCUGCCGCCGCCAAAUUAUUUUCUCAACAACGAAUUGAAAGAUGGGCUUUUGAUGUAGAAUUAAUUUAUUUGGCAGAACGUUUAAAUUUUUCUAUCGCUGAAGUUUGUGUUGAAUGGGAAGAAAUUGACGGUUCUAAACUUACUCCUUUAUUGGCUGGAUUACAAAUGGGAAGAGAUAUUCUAUUAUUAUGGUUUAGAUAUACUUUUGGGUUUUGGACUAUUUCUCAAAAUUAA